GUUUGUCAGUAGUUGUUGAACUUUGUAUCGAAAAUCACGGUGUGUGAAGAUGGCGCACAAAAGCUGCAUAAUAAUUGUUGCAAUGGUUUUUCUCGAUUGUUAUGUGACCGCACUAACAGCAACUUUCAACAUGACGGAAUAUUAUAAACUCCCGAAGCUAUACAAGUACGACGAUUUUGAUCGUUGUUUGCUGGAAUUUGACACCACGGCAGUGUACUGUUUAGUGGACACUACCAUCAAACCGAACGCCACGGCCAUAAUCUGGCCUUUGAUUGAGAAAUUUUCCAACGACACCAAACGAAGCUUCCGGCAUGACCGUCUCCAGCGGGGAAUCUGCAUGAAUUGGUGCAAAAAAUUGAUGGAGCGGUUCGAUCACCAGACCCAGAUGAAAUAUUUUUUGGCUGAUUUUAAUGAAACCAGUGAAAUAACAUUCGAUGCGAAUACGUUCCGCCAGGCACUGGACUGGCGGAUUAAGUAUAAGAAACUUGCGAAUCAGUGUGUCAACUUUGAGCUCAAGCGCCAGUACUCGAUCAUGGGACACUCCAAGGUGGAGUAUUGCGUUACUCAUCGGGAUUAUGAUCCUAUCGAUUAUUUGGAUGUGAUUUUUCUCGUAGUUUUAGGUUCAUUAUUUCUAGUUGUUCUAUUGUCUUCGUUUUAUGAUUACAGAAGAAGAAGGAAAUUUUCCUUUGAUCUCAAGAGUAGUGAAUACUAUCGAGCACCUGUCCGACGUGGAUUAUCACAGAUGAUGGUAGCCUUUUCCCUGCCACGCAAUUGGCAACUUUUGGUGGCGAAACGUCGUACGACGCCGAGCAAAGAUUUUCGUUUUCUCCAGGGGGCACGCUUUCUCGUCAUGUACCUGGUGAUCGCCGGUCAUUGCAUGGUGUUUAACUGUAUUUUUCCGCUAGUCAACCCGGAAUACGUUGAGUUUAACUACCGCCGGCUGGUGACGAUGCUAAUUUUCAAUGGUGUAACGGUUAUUCAGACCUAUUUUACAAUUAGUGGAUUCCUGCUGGCGGUGCAAUUUGUGGAUUACUGUGAGAAAAAUAAGUCGUUUACGGUGAAGGACUUUUUCGCUAGCAUUCUGUACCGGUACUUGAGGUUAGCUCCCCUGUGCGCCUUCAUGGUGCUCUGCGAUGCCACCUGGCUGUUCAAGCUACAAGACGGCCCAAUCUGGAAGCGAGUCGCGGAAACGGAGAGAACCUUCUGCCGGAAUAAUUGGUGGGCCAAUUUACUCUUUGUUAACAACUAUUUCACCGUUGAUGAACCGUGUCUGCAGCAGGGCUGGUACUUGGCUACCGACUUCCAGCUGUUUAUCCUAGGAUUGAUGCUGUUGGCGUUUGUGCGGCGAUUUCCCAAACUGCUCAAGGCGACAAUGGCCCUCGCUGUCUGUCUCGCCUUCAUCUCUCCGGCCCUCGUGACGUACUUCAACCACUUUGAGGGGGUGGUCAUGAUCAAACCGGAAGCGCUAAAGUAUGUCCUAUGGUACGAUGACAGCUAUCGAAAGAUGUACAUUCCGACGCACACGAAUUAUGGCAGCUAUUUGGCGGGAUUGAUUGCCGGUUUGGCAUAUCAUAAACUGAAGCAUGGAGAUUUCGAUAUUCGGAAACAUAAACUCUUUCUGUUGAUGUGGUAUCUGGCCCUGCCGGUGGCUAUUGUGCUAUUGCUUUCCGCGUAUAUUUUUUAUGCAUACGAUUUUGAGAAACCCGCUGUUUGGAUAGCGAUUUACGCCGCCAUCUCGAAAAACCUGUGGGGCGUUAUAUUCGCGGUUUUGUACUUUGGACUUGCGUUCGGAGUAGGUUGGUUCUUCAAGCGUCUGCUGAAUAAUCCGAUAUUCAGACCACUGGGGAAGGUCACCUAUGCGGUUUACUUGUGCCAUUUGUUCGUUAUUCGGGCAACGCUGGGAAACAUUCGAGAACCGAUUUAUGUCAGCGAUGUUAGAAUACUGGUGUCGACAUCGUCAACGCUCGUCUUGUCCUACAUUUUGGGUCUCAUUAUGUGCUUGGGAAUCGAAAUUCCUCUUUCCAACCUGCAGAAGCAUCUGUUCAAAAAGAAGUCAGAAACAUAUCGUGAAGACAAUAUGGAGCUCACAAAGAAUGGAACGAAAUAUGGUACCGAGAGCCAUCAAUCAGCCUAACAAUCAGCCGGCGUAGUGUGCGCAGCACUUCAAUCAGCA